UUCGAGGCCACCGCAGGAGGGAAGGACAGAGGAGCGGUACAAAUCGGCAUGGCAGCCAGUGCGACGAUGGGGGCGUUGAACCCGCUGCUGGGCAAGCUCAGUCAGCUUCUCGGUGAAGAGUACAAGAAGCUUACGGGGGUCAGGAAGCAGGCAGCCUUCCUCAAGGCCGAGCUCAGCGCCAUGAAAGCUCUUCUUGACACCAUGGAGCUCAUGGAUAACAUCCAUCCAUCCGCCAAGAACUGGAGGGACCACAUCAGGGAGAUGUCCUAUGAUAUGGAGAACUGCAUCGAUGACUUCAUUCAUGACAUCGAAGGUGCCCGUGAAAAGAAAGGGUUCGUCAGGAAGAUGGCUCAGCGCCUCAGGAGGUUGGGGAGGCGCCAUCAGAUCGCCAGCCGCAUCGAGGACCUCAAGGUUCUUGCGGUGGAGGCGAAUGCUCGGCGCGAGAGGUACAAAAUUGAUGAGUGCAUCAAUUCAAGUCCAGGCAUUGUGGUCGUGGAUCCCCGGAUCCCAGCGCUCUACAAAGAGGCAGCAGGCCUUGUUGGUAUUGAUGGCCCGAAAGAAGAGCUGGUCAGUUUGUUGAUGGAUUCUGAGAAGAAACUCAAAGUGCUUUCCAUCGUGGGGUUCGGAGGCUUGGGAAAAACCACGCUUGCCAAACAAGUGUAUGAUGAAGUUGGAGCGCAGUUUACAUGCAAGGCAUUUUUCUCGGUCUCCCAAAGGCCAGAUGUGAAAACCCUUCUCAGUGGCCUACAAAAAGAGUUUGGGAUGGGGGAUACUUCUCAUGCUUACGAGUUGCAAGGCAUUAUUGACCGCCUCAGAGAGCACCUCAAACAUGAGAGGUACUUAAUUAUAGUUGAUGACUUGUGGGAUCAAUCGGCAUGGAAUACUAUUAGGUGUGCCUUUCCAGACAAUGCUAAUGGAAGUAGAGUGAUCGUAACCACACGAUUGGAUGACGUAGCUGCCACAGCAUGUUUGAGUGAUCGUGCCUGCAUUUACAGUAUGAAGCCACUCAAAGAGCAAGACUCAAGAAGAUUAUUUUUUAGUAGAGUAUUUGGGCCCGAAAAUGUCUGCCCACCACAGUUUACUGAAAUUUCAGCUCAAAUUCUUAAGAAGUGUGGCGGAUUGCCACUUGCAAUUAUCACCAUAGCUAGCCUAUUAGCUAGCCGUGAAGCAAGACCGUUGAGUGAAUGGGAGAGCAUAAUGAAUUCUCUUGGUGCCAAGUCUGCCACAAAACCCACCUUGGAAGAGAUGAGGGGUAUACUGGAUCUUAGCUACAUGCAUCUUCCUGUUUAUCUUCGGCCAUGUUUUUUGUAUCUUGGCAUGUAUCCAGAAGACCGUGAGAUUGAGAAGGAUGACCUGGUUCUGCAAUGGAUAGCCGAAGGCUUUGUUUGUAGUUUUCAUGGAGCGGAUUUGGAUGAUGUUGGGAAAAGUUAUUUCAACGAGCUUGUCAAUAGAAGUAUGAUUCAGCCCGGAAGAACAUCUUAUGGGGAAGUACUUUCUUGCACUGUGCACGAUAUGAUGCUUGAUUUGAUCCUAUGCAAGAGCGCAGAAGAUAAUUUUAUCAGUGUAGCAUAUAACUAUGAAGACGUGGCAAGAUUGCACAGUUCUGAGUACAUGGUUCGUCGAUUAUCCCUCCAAUCAGGUGUAGCUGGUGCAACGUCAGAGACCCCUGCUACUAGCAUGUCACAAGUUCGAUCAUAUGCUCGGUUUGAAGAGUCCCAAUACACACCUCCCUUGUCACAGUUUAAGUAUCUACGGGUGCUUGCCUUUGACUUCCCUUCAUGUUUGCGAACGACAGUCGACCUCACUGCAAUCAGCCAUUUGUUUUUACUGAGAUAUUUGAAAGUUUCAUCCUAUUUAUCAGUCGUAGCACUCCCAACAGAAAUUCAAGGUCUCGUGCAUUUGCAAACUCUGAUGGUACAUUGCAAGGUGACCCAAAGCUUUCCUUUAGACAUAAGUUGUUUGGUCAACUUGUUUCAUCUGGAGCUUCCAAUGGAUGUAGGGCUGCCUGAAGGGAUCAAGAAGAUGAAAUCACUCUGCACCCUGCGUUGUUGGGACAUGUCGAAGAGUUCGCUGGAGGAUAUCAAAGGCCUUGGUGAGCUGACCAAUCUGAAGGAAUUGUACUUAAGCACGCAUUACAUCAAGUGCUUGACGUUGGAACAAGAGGAUGCUUUGGUCUCCUCCAUCGGAAUGCUCCGAGACCUCAAGCGCCUCGAGAUAAAUUGGGAGCGUGGAUGCAGUGACCCUGACAGCCAGCUGGACUCCUUACAUGAUCCUCCUUUCCGUCUCCAGGAACUCUAUCUGCACAACUGGGAGUUCAGAAGAGUUCCCAAAUGGAUUGGUGAACUAUGUUGCCUCCGGAUACUCAAUCUGCGUGUGUUGCGCAUGUCGAGUGAUGAGGUUGGUGUUCUUGGUGAGCUCCCCACCCUUGUCUAUGUCAGCCUCCACGUGUCGGAUGUCUCCCAAGAAAAAGUUGUGGUUGGCAUGGGGUUGUUCCCAGUUCUGGAGGAAUUUUCGUUUGGGUCUGACGAAGAUGUCACUGCGUAUCUGAGCUUCGAGGCAGGAGCUAUGCCCAAGCUACAAAGGCUCGAACUGACAUCCAGCUGGACAGAGUGGAGAGGCGCUGCACCAGUCGGCAUGGAGUGCCUGCCCUGCCUCCAGCACAUCGACGUGUGGCAUAGCUACAAUAGCAAAAAAAAUCGGAAAGAUGUACGUGCUGAAGUCGAGUCUGCUUUCAAGAGCGCCGCAAGUCUGCAACCAAGGCAUCCCUCUGUUACAGUUCAUUAGCCAUCCAUUGGAUCCAUCCACCUCUUGAUGGUCUGUUUUUCCUGUACAACGUUUUUAUUAGCAUUUCUCUUGCGUAUUUGAUUUCUUUUCUCGGGUACUGCAAACCUGACGCACUUAGUUUUAUUUUUCAAUGGGGGCGUUUCGAUCAGUGCAUGUUAAAGCAGGCAGCAGAGUCUGGAAAUACUUCGUCUCGUUCUAUAGAUGCGUGCAUGCACA